UCUUGGAUGCUCAAAUCCCAGUUGAACGCAAUACUAAACAAUCCAGCAGCAAACCACGUGAAUUUCCCUAGAGCGUUAUACACGAGCUUGCAGAAUGAGAGUCUGAUACUUGUUGACUUUAAGUAUGUGUUCCAAGAGGGUGAUAUUAAGAAUCCCAGCUCUCUCCUUUCAGAGAUCCUGAAACUCUGUGGUCCUUCAAUAACUAACAGCACGAUGGCAACAACUCUACCCAGCCCAACCACCACUAUGACCAAUGUUACAACAGCUCCGACCACGUUGGGAUCUGCACUGAUCUUCAUUCGCCUGGUUUUCAUAACGCCAACGUUAGCUCCCAGUCAGAGCGACAUUCUCAGUAUCGUUGAUAAAUUUCUGUCACCACGACUGAAAUUUGCUUCUAAAAGUCCGCGUGACCCCGUCAGCAUCCAGAAUGCAGUGUUUGAACCUAUAUCUAGUAAUUCCUUUGGCAUCAACUUCGAAUUCAAGAUACCUCAGGUGUCCAUGUCAGAAAAUUACACACUCAGGAAUGACACUUAUGAUGAGAUCCAGACGUCUCUUAAUAACUUGCUGAACGCAAUACUAAACAAUCCAGCAGCAAACCACGUGAAUUUCCCUAGAGCGUUAUACAGGAGCUUGCAGAAUGAGAGUUUGAUACUUGUUGACUUUAAGUAUGUGUUCCAAAUGGGUGAUAUUAACAAUCCCAGCUCUUUCCUUUCGGAGAUCCUGAAAGUCUCUGGUUUGGCUGAUAACAGUGCAGCGAUAACAAUAUAUCCACCCAGCCAAAGCAUUUUGCUCACUACUCCUGGGGCUAACAUCACUCCUGUGGGGAGUGGCUUCCCUAGCUGGGCUUUGGCCAUUAUCAUCCCAUCUGCAAUCUUCAUCCUGCUCUUUCCCUUCUGGAUUCUACUUUGUUGCCUGCUCGGCGGCUGCUGUGCGGCCCUUCAGAGACAAUGGCGCAGAAGGCGAUUUUCCACUCUUCAGUACAGACUACACGACAACUAGACACAACGUGUAUUAUAACCCUUUAAGAUUUUUAAGUCUAUUUUUCAAAAAUUAUUCAAUGCAUGUAACAGGGAGAAUGAUCUUUAUGGUUCUUUUUUAUCUUUAAAUAAUUAUAUAUAAAUUUGCUCUGUAUUUUUCAAUUUUAUUCAUUUUUUUUAACAAAAAGAAUUGUCGAUCAGACUGAUUAUGCAAUAGACAACAUAAAUAUUUUGAUUUCAAUGGAUUUGAAAAGAUCAUAGCAAAUCAUUUAUGAUGAAUGAAAUGAAAUUGUGUGAAAUUAACAUGGAAUUGUGUUACUUAUAUUAAUAUUUAAGGAAGAUGUGUGCUAAAUGUUGGACUGUUUUUCUAAAAUUUGAAACUGCAGUAACCUUAAUUAUGUAUUACAAAAAUCAUAAAAUGUCAAAAAAAUAUAUUCAGAUAAUCAAUCUGUAACACCAUAAAUGUCCAGUUUAUAUAAAUGCACCAUAUUAAUAA